CGGCUGCGAGCCGCGGGCGCGCAGGACUUACUUGGAACGUGCUCGUGGGGUACUCGGGGUUUGAGUGUGGCGCACGCGCAGUGUCCCCCAAGGCGGGCAGGGAUAUGCGGAGCCGCGGCGCCGUCUGGUAUAUUAUAGGAGGAAAUUACAUCAUAUUGUCAAAUAAGGAAGAGCUAAGCUGAACGGAUGACUUGUAUGACAAAAAUGUGCCCCUCCUAUGAAUUGCUUCUGAGAUUCGUUAAUGAUACGUGGUGGCAAGGGAAUGAAAGCUGCAGGAUACCUGGCAAGAACUGUGGAUUUCUAAAAUUUGGAGACAUUGCAGAGCAAGGCACAAUGUCAACGGCAGGAGUUGCUGCUCAAGAAAUGAGAGGUCCAUUAAAAACUGGAUUUCUCCAUAAUGGCCAAGGCAUAGGGAGUCUGAAAACCUGCUGGACCGGCCACAAUGGGUUUGAAAAGACUUUCUUUAACAUGGACCCUAUAACAAUGACAUACAAUCUGAAUCCAUCAGCACAGCAACAUUGUACAUCUAUUGGGCACAUUUCAAACCCUGUACCAACAAAUGGCUACUGCUUUACUGAAAGCUGUGUCAGGGUCCCACCUCAGAAAUCCAGCCCAUCUCCUCUUAGUCCCAAAAGUGAGAAGCUUAGUUCAAAGCAUGAAGAUUAUCUUGUUCCUAGUUUCAGCAAACUGUCGGUAACUGUGGGGUGUGUUUCUGAGGAGAUGCCUCCUCAUACACUGACAAAGAGUGGACCACCUCAGUUUUCUUCUGCAUCUUCCAAUGACCGCAGCUCUAGGCCACUACCUCCACUGCCCAUUUCUGAGGACCUCUCUCCAGAUGAUGUCGACAGAGAGGUGGAAUUCUUAACAAGUUCAGACACUGACUUUUUGUUAGAUGAUUAUGAACUUCCUCCUUUUAAAUCCAGUGCUCCAAGUAGGCGGAGUUUUAGGGGUUGCGGACAGAUCAAUUAUGCCUAUUUUGAUGCCCCAGCAGGACCAAAAACAGAAGAUAGCAACUCUGCAAAUAACCUAAAUGGAUGUACACAAACCCCAUGUCCUCCUCCACAACAGCUGCAUCGGCGUUUACGAAGGUCUCAUUCAGGGCCAGCUGGAUCAUUUAAUAAACCAGUAGUGAGGCUAUCUAGCCACUUAAAUAGGGCUUCUCCUAAUUCUGAUGAAGACAAACCAGAGGUCCCCCCUAGGGUUCCCAUACCUCCUAGGGCGCUCAAACCGGAUUAUAGAAGGUGGUCAGCAGAGGUCACUUCUAGCGCAUACAGUGAUGAAGACAGGCCUCCCAAAGUGCCCCCGAGAGAACCUUUAUCACGGAGCAAUUCCCGUACACCGAGCCCUAAAAGUCUGCCAUUGUACCUCAAUGGGGUCAUGCCCCCCACACAGAGCUUUGCCCCUGAUCCUAAAUAUGUCAGCAGCAAAGCUCUACAAAGACAAAACAGUGAUGGAUCUGCGAACAGGGUCCCUUGCAUUCUUCCCAUUAUUGAAAAUGGUAAGAAGGCCAGUUCAACACACUACUAUCUGUUGCCUGAAAGGCCUUCAUAUCUGGACAAGUAUGAGAAAUUCUUCAGAGAAGCAGAAGAAACCAGCUCAAGCACAGAAAUGAAGUCCUGGUCUGGUGACUGCACCACAGCUGCUGCCACAGCAAAGCAGGACUCAAAAGCUAGAAUGGACAUGGUUGGCCACGUGAAACGGAAACACCUGUCUUAUGUGGUUUCUCCAUAGAUUCUUGGAACAUGAUUCACGAUAGUUGCUUAGGAUGGAGUAGAUCUUAACCAUGUUGCUAAGUUUUUGAGAUCCAAGGAAAGGUUUUCAAAUAAUGAAGUAAUGGAAUUCUUCCUGUUUCAGCAGAAAAGUGGAGUAUCAAUGGUAAAGUCGUCUUAUGAUGCGUAUCUCUGAAUUGUUUGUCUGGACUAAGCCUAUCUUGGUCUGGAUAAUUGAAGACUGUAAAGCAUUUAUAGAAACACAUGGAGUAACCAUAGCCAUGUUGGCCAGUUAUACACUAUCCUAGAGUAAUAUAUUUUGUAAAGGCAUAUUAAGAAAAAAUCCAAUUUUGAUGUCUAAAACCGAAAUCAGGGAAGAAAGUGCAGUACAGUAUUUUUGUUUUAUAUCACAGGCAUUUCCAAAGUAAUAGGCUUGGCAUUUUAAAAUCUUUUGCAGAAAAUAGCAUUGCUGGGAACAAACCCUGUUCUCUUUAGCUUGGAUGUGCUAACCUGGCUAGAAGGAAAUUGACAUCUACUUAAAGACUUGGAAGUGUAUUGGGAAGUGUUUAGACUUUUUUAAUAUCUUCAAUAUUUUGAAAACUUAGUAGGAUAUAAGUAGAAUUUUUUAGUGAAGUGGCUUCCGACAGGGGUUAGACUUCUGCUUUUUUAUGGUGCCUCUUGGAUUCUUUCACCCACUAACAGGCACAUAGCAGAAUUCUGCAGAUUUUCUUAGCAGAGACUUGGACCAGCUACUGCUAACCUUCACCCAUUGUUCUCUCCAUAAGGGGUCCAAGGAAUGCAUGUUAGUGUCCUAAAAUUGACAGGGGAAAGGUAUCUAUCCACAAUUGCUAGUAAAUGGUCAGCGAUGACUACAUCCUUAUUUGGUACAGUAUACAAACUUCUGACUGUAUUAUAAACAGAAACACACAACACAAGCUGGUCUUGUGUUCUGGUUUCUAUUCAGUAUUUUCUGGUUGUGUAGUUUGUUUUUUUGGUAAAUUAAACAUGAUUCCAUUUACAAACCGUGUCAGUCACAUCUGCCUUUGCUUCAGAUACUGCUUCUUUGUUUGUUUUUUUCCCCCCCAUAGUCUGCCUCACCGUUCCAUUUAGGUCCGGGGAGAUGCAACACUUGUGCAUUAGCUGUUUCUCGUGCAUACUUCCACAUAUUUAUCCUUUUAUAGAUAAGCACAAGAGAAGAGGUGCUCAUUAAUGGAGGUCCAUUACUAUAAUGCUCUCCUCCUAAUAGAAAUGAACAAGCUGUUUACAGUUUAAACUGCUGAAUGAGAUAUUUGAGCUAUUUUAAAGCUUACUUUUAUGUUUUAGUACAAACUAAAUGAAGGUGAAAUACAUGCUAUAGAAAAUGCACUGAUAUUUCUGCAUCAUGUGUACAGUAUUGAACAAAAGGAUUUUAUUCACUUUGUUUUAUUUUGAAUAUUGUCAUGUCUUGAAUUUAAUAAAGUUAUAAUAUACUUAUUUAUGAUA